GGUUCUCCACUCUCGCGUGCCUGUGCCUCGGCAGCCGUGUCUUUUUUUUCAUGCUGCUUACAGCUCGAGCUGCGAAGGAGAUCCGGCACCGCUGCAGCUGAAACGGGAGGCAGCCUCGCGCACUUCGCGGACAAGGAUGUUGGGGGAGUGGCGUGUGGCUGGGCUGUGGCCUCUCCUGACUGUGUGCUUGCUCCUUUCUCUAGAACAUGACACGGUAUGGGGCGACACUGUAGUGAACAUGAGGAAGGUGACCCACCGCACUGUCCAGGUGCCGCUGUCUGGCACGGCCCUGCUGCCCUGCAUCUUCACCCUACGCCCCAGCCCCUCUCACGAGGCACCCCGCAUCAAGUGGACCAAAGUGUGGGGCCAGCGCGGGCUGGACGGCCUGCAGAGGGAGCAGUCCAUAUUGGUGGCUAAAGGCAACGUGGUGAAGGUGAAGAAGGCUUUCCAGGGUCGCGUGACCCUGCCUGGUUACCCGGACAACCGCUACAACGCCAGCCUAGCGCUGACGGGUCUGAGAUCCAGCGACUCGGGCAUGUACCGCUGCGAGGUGGUGGUGGGCAUUAAUGACGAACAAGACACGGUGCCCCUCCAGGUCACAGGAGUGGUCUUCCACUACCGUGCCCCUCAUGACCGCUACGCGCUCUCUUUCCCCGAGGCUAAGCGGGUAUGUGUGGAGAAUUCUGCUGCGAUCGCCACGCCUGGCCAGCUGCAGGCCACCUUCGAUGAUGGCUAUGACAACUGUGAUGCAGGCUGGCUCUCUGACCAGACCGUAAGGUAUCCAAUCCAGUCUCCCAGGCCUGGCUGCUAUGGUGACCGGGAAGACUCACCUGGCGUGAGAAACUAUGGCACUCGUGCUCCCGAUGAGCUGUUCGACGUCUAUUGCUUUGCAGAGAGCCUGCGAGGUGAGGUGUUCCACACCAACAUGCCAGAGAAGCUGAGUCUGGCCACAGCCUCCACUCACUGCCACACGCUGGGUGCUCAGCUGGCCACGGUGGGGCAGCUCUUCCUGGCCUGGCAGGCCGGCUUGGACCGCUGUGACCCGGGCUGGCUGGCUGAUGGAAGCGUGCGCUACCCCAUUAAUCAGCCACGGCGCAAUUGUGGUGGGGAUGAGCCAGGGGUCCGCACACUUUACCACAACCCAAACCGAACUGGCUUCCCUGAGACCACCAACUUGUUCGACGCCUACUGCUACCGAGAGACAGAAGCUAAAGCACUUCUGCAGACUUCUGAGGCCUCCAGCUCAAACUCCACAGAUGACUGGGAGCAGCUCCAGCAAAACGGAGCCUUCCCUCAGCCCUCCACCUGGACCGGCCUGGUAGACCUGGAUAAGGAAGAGUUCAACUCCAUCGCAGACAACGAGUCCUCUGAGAUCUCCGAGGAACAUGUGGUGAUCCAUCUCCAGCCUGGAGAGAGGUCAGUGCACUGGGGAGAGGAUGCCACCAAAGAUGGAUCUCCUCCCGCUCUGGAGAACCAGGUGGACCUCCAAGGGGGCUCAGCCAGAGAGGAGCCCGAUGAGAGAGAAGCGACUGAGGGUCACAGCCUGUCCCCCGACCCCUCCUUGACCACGCCAUCCUCAUCCACACAAGCUCAGACUAGCAACAGUGUCCUAUACAACUUUGUCAACUCCAUCAUGAAGCCCUUGAGGUAUUGGACGGGGAAUGGAGAGAUGGAGGCCUCCUCGACGGAGUCAAGCCUAAUAAAGGAGACGUCAGAAGUGGUCAAGCCAGCCAGGAUGAAGCCUAGUGUUGGACUUACGGCAAGCAAAGGAAGCACUGAUAAUGCUGUCUUGGAGCCUAAGCGGGCAGAACCUUCAACUAACCCCUCCACACUAAGUUCAGAGGAAGGGCUUUUGGAGCAGGAGAAAGAGGUGGUUCUGACCAUCCCUGGACAUGACCUGAAGAAUCAAAGUAAAGCCCAGACAGAGCCUUCGAUUUCACAAGCAGUGCCAUUUAACGGAGUAAUUGCGUCAGAACUGAUGGAAGCCGUGAAUCCCACAGCUGCCGCCAGUCCCUUGGGUUCUAUAAGCAGUUUUGGCUCUGCGCCAGUGCUGAGCAGCCAGCAGGGAUGGGCCCUGAAGUCUCUAAAAGGACAUGGACCCUCGGGCAAUAGCGGACUCCUCAUGACCCAGACCAGUGGACCAAUGGAGGCCAAAAGAGGGGCACUGGAGAUCAUGACAAUCCCAGUCUCCCAGGAUAACCAUGAGAACUUCUCUGGGGAAGGGAGGGAUCUGAUUGAAGAGAGUUAUCCGCUCCCUGAGGGUCCUCCCUCACAGACCUCUCUGCAAAGUCGGAACACAGAGGAGGAGAAAGAUACUGACGGAAGUGGAGGGAAGGACUUGUUCAACACUAGCCAAAUAAAAGGUACCACUCAUUCCGAAGACCAGACCGUGGUUCUGCAAACCACAGUCCAAUGGAAGCUUGUGAACCCACCAGCUAGGCCGACUGGUGCCAGCAUCUCUGGACCCAAGCAGAAUGACUCGGACAGCACGGCUGCUGCUGAGGCUAGGGGAGAGAUCCUCUAUGUGCGUCGUCCAACGGAAAUAACCAGAAAUGAUCCUUUUAACAAGGUCAGGGUACCUUUGGUCAGAAGGAAACAGAACUUGAAUGCACUUGUCACUUCUGAAACCCAACCUACUUUUGCUGCCACUACCCCGGAACUUUCUACAGAAGCAACAGGUGCUACAGAUGGAAGCAGCAGCAUCACUAUGACAACAAUUAACAACCAGAUUCCAACUACAGAUGCCACCACAACUGGAGAUUUUGCAUCCACCACAGAUCCCAUCAUGUCCUUUACUUGGCUACCGGUGGUUCAAGAAGAGACUCAUGAACCGCAGACACAUUUGCCCACCACAACUGUGACCGAUGUAGGAUUUGAGACUAUGAGUACCACACUUCAGCUGACCACGCCAGAUGCCAAGGAAACCUCCCAGCCGGCAGAGUCCAGAUCAGGGGUUUCAGAGUCAUUUGUGGUAGGCCAUGGCUGGACAACACCCGGACAGGACUCUUUGCCUGCCGAGAGCCAGCCAUCUACUACUACAGGGAAAGUAAGUGGAGAUAACUCAAGCGAAGCCAUGGCCGACUUCGGAAGCACCCCUACAGCGGCUUCAGUGGAGAAGGACCCUUGUCAGCUGAAUCCCUGUCUGCAUGGCGGCAACUGCCUGAGGGAUGGCGAUGGCUACAGCUGCCUCUGUCCUCAAGGCUACUCCGGAGAGAGCUGCGAGAUUGAUAUCGAUGACUGUCAGUCAAGUCCGUGUCAGAACGGAGGCACCUGCAUUGAUGAGAUCAACUCGUUUGUGUGCCUGUGUUUGCCAAGCUAUGGAGGAGCCACGUGUGAAAAAGACACUGAAGGCUGUGAUCACACCUGGAGGAAGUUUCACGGUCACUGCUACAGGUACUUCACCCACAGACGCACCUGGGAGGAUGCAGAGAAAGACUGCAGAGAGCACAACGGUCAUCUGGCUAGCAUACACACCCACGAAGAGCAGGACUUCAUCAACAGUAUGAGCCAUGAGAACACUUGGAUUGGUCUGAAUGACAGGACAGUAGAAGAGGACUUCCAGUGGACUGAUAACAUGGAUCUGCAAUAUGAGAACUGGAGGGAGAACCAGCCGGAUAAUUUCUUUGCGGGCGGAGAGGACUGCGUGGUGAUGAUCGCCCAUGAGAAUGGCAAAUGGAACGACGUGCCCUGCAACUACAACCUGCCCUACAUCUGCAAGAAAGGCACAGUGCUGUGCGGUAACCCUCCUCUAGUGGACAACGCCUUCCUGAUCGGCCGCAAGCGUUCUCACUAUGACAUCCACUCGGUGGUGCGCUAUCAAUGUGCGGACGGCUUUCUCCAGCGCCACAUCCCCACUGCCAAGUGCCGCGCCAACGGCAAAUGGGACCGCCCCAAAAUCAUCUGCACAAAGCCUCGGAGAUCCCAUCGCUACCGCCGCCACCAUCACAAGUCUCAUCACGAGCGCAGAAAGCACAAGAAGCACGGCUCAGGGGGUCAUCGGGGUGGACAGGAGGGUCAUGGCCAUUUCUAACCAAAAACAAAACCCCUUGCCUCUAUCUCCAAAUGAAGUUCUCUUUGCUCCUUCUUCAUUUGAAGCGUUUUGUUCCCUUCGCCCUGCAUCGGCCUCUUCCCACCACCCUGUGAUCAGAAGGGCACUGCUAGACCCCCACACGGACUAUAAUGGUUUCCAUUCUUUUGUCAAGUUCGCUUUGUUAACCUGUUCAUUUCUUGGC